AUGGUCAGGAAUAAUAAUAUUGAUUUUUGGAAUUUACGUAAGAUGGACGGAUAUAAUACACCACCAAUGUAUGGGGAUUACGAAGCACAAAGACAUUGGAUGGAAUUAACAUUGCACGUCCCAAUAAAUCAAUGGUAUUACUAUGAUUUAGAAUGGUGGGGACUUGAUUAUCCUCCAUUGACAGCAUAUGUUAGCUGGUUAUAUCAAUCGCGAGGUUAUGAAAGCGAGAAUAAUAAAUUAUUUAUGAGGUCUUCAGUUCUAAUAUUAGAAUUAUUGAUAUAUGUACCUUCUGUGUUCGUGUUUGUGAAUUGGUGGUUUGAUGAUAAUUCGUGGAAGAAAAAGGAAUUGGCUACUUUAUUAAUUCUUUUGCAGCCAUCUUUAAUCCUUAUAGAUCAUGGACAUUUCCAUUUUAAACAAAUGGCGUUAUACUUUGCACCAGCAAUUUUUGCUUAUUUACUUGGAAAAUAUUCAUUUGAAAACCUUUCUCAAGUUGUCACACGAAUAUUUCCAUUACAACGUGGAUUGUAUGAAGAUAAAGUCGCUAAUAUUUGGUGUGCAAUAAAUAUAAUUAUCAAACUGCGAGAAAUGUUUGAUAUUCAAUCUUUAGUACGAUUAAGCAUGUUUCCUUUAUUAAAAAAGGAUCAUUUGGUUUUACCAUAUCUUGUGUUAUUAUUUAUGUGGAAUUGGCUUGGUUCUUUUACUCAACAAAAAUCCAAAUUACCUGUUCUUAAUUAUUUAUUUAUGGGGUCAUAUUUAGUGAUCGCUAUUAUUCAUAUAAUGGAAUUUAAAUUAUCACCUCCGGAGAGAUAUCCAGAUAUUUAUAUCGUUAUGAAUGUUAUCUUUAGUGCAGGAAUGUUUAUCAUAUCUUUAAUUUAUUUUAAUUAUAGACAGAUUAUAUCAAAUAAUAAUAGUAGUAUAAUAGUUGACAGAAAGGAAGUCGAGAUCGAGGUUCAGGAAACUGAAUUCAACCCACAGUUUCUACGUAACAUGAUACGUAAAUUAGAGUGGAAUGCAUUGUUAAAUUCCGCUAAAGAGAUCAAUAUUACCACGCUCCCCGAAGUUUUACCUGAUGAUUUAGAUGAAGAUUUUCUCCGAAAUCUUCAUAGAGUUUUGUUGGAGACUCAUAUUCAACAAGGCAAGAUGACGUGCCCAAAUUGUAACCAUGUUUACAUGGUUCGGGAUGGAAUACCCAAUAUGUUACUAAAUGAAAAUGAAACCUAA